AUGAAGAUGAACUUCUUUUGGGCUUUGCUUUUACUGCUCAGCAGCUACUGUGUCACUCAAGGCAAGAUUUCAGAGUACCAGCUGGAGUCAGAGACCCGCAGUCAGUGUGAACUACUGAGAGGUGUUGGGUCAGCUCAGCAGAAUGACCACAUUCCCCAGUGCUCAGAGGAUGGCCGCUACAGACAUGUUCAGUGUAAUAAUGGUGGGGAGUGCUGGUGUGUGAAUGGAGAUGGAACAGAAAUUCCUGGAAGCCGACAGAACGGUUCUGUGGUGCAUUGCUUGACUUCGUGCCAGCUGCAGAGACAGAGGGCAAUGCUGAGUGGGGAUGCCGUUCUGGUGCCUCGCUGCUUGGACUCAGGUGAAUAUGAGCCUGUGCAGUGUGAUGGGGCUCUGGCUCAGUGCUGGUGUGUGGACCUGGAGGGCAUGGAGAUCUAUGGCACACGGCAAAAUGGAAGACCAUCCAUGUGUCCCAGUGUUUGUGAAGUGAGACAGCGCCGGCUUCUUCACGGCGUUGGAGAGGCCUCUCCUCCACAGUGCUCAGAUGAUGGCAGUUUCCUUCCUGUGCAGUGCAAGUUAAUCAACACCACCAAUAUGAUGGUCUUUGAUCUGUUACAUGCCUUUAACAGACUUCCAGAGGUGUUCCAGACAUUCAGUGGUUUUAGAAAGGCCUUCCCUGAACUGUCAAGCUACUGCUUCUGUGCUGACACUCGAGGCAGAGAGCUUCCCAGCACUGGACUGGAGCUGCUGAUGGAUGAGGUGUAUGACACAGCGUUCUCAGGCCUGGAUGCAGGACGCUCCUUCUCUCAGUCCAACAUGUACCGCAUCCUGCAAAGGAGAUACUUCGCCGUCCAGCUGGCCUUGACUGGAAGAUUUAGAUGUCCAACACCUUGUGAAAGUGAACGAUCUGCAAGCUCCCAGGCUGGCAACGUCUUUGUGCCCUCCUGUGAUGCCCGUGGACAAUACCUGCCCACUCAGUGCCAGGCUGGUGGACAGUGCUGGUGUGUGAGCUCUGAUGGCAAGGAAAUCUUUGGGACUCGUCAGCGUGGAGUUCCUGACUGUAGCACAGGAGGAAAAGACUGCCGUACUGAGAGGAGACAAGCCAUGUCCAGGCUGUUUUACGGCCCAGCUGGACACUUCAGCCAGAACGACGUGUUCUCAACCUCUCAAGCCAAUACGCAGGGAGACGCCUCUCCUCUUGCACCGUGCAGCCCAGAAUUCCAAGAGCUCUUGUCCAGCUCCGGCCUUGCCAGAUCCUUGCCGGAGUCAGAACACUCAGAAAUUGGUGACAUAAUGGCUGAGCUUGUUCAGGGAAUGUUCCCCACAGGAGCUCUUGCUCUAAAGGCCUUGUCCCUCACCACUAAUCCUAAGAGACUCCAGGAGAAUCUCUUUGGAGGCAAAUUCUUGAAGAAUGCAGGCAAUUUCAACUUCACUGGCACCGUUGGUACCAGAGGCACUUUGAGUUUCAGUCAAGCCUUUGCUCAGGUUGGCCUGACCCAGAAUGGUGAAGACUUACAGCAGCUAGCCAAGAUCUUUUCAGCCGAGUCUGUUAGUCUGAACCUUGACCAGGAGAUUUCAGAUACAUACGGUCGCUCUGUCAACCUUCAGCGCAACAGGAAUUUGAUCAAGCUUAUUGGAAAUACGCUAGAAAACGAGCAGUUUUUUACUACUCUACGAGAGGCCAUCACUUUGCUCAAGGCAGAAGACAGUGCCCAGCUGGGCCGUCUUUUCCAGACAGUGUUCCAGAGUCAUGACAUUUGCAGGUCAGCUGCUUCCCCUUCAUCUCUGUAUGUACCCCAGUGCACUGAAGAUGGCCAGUAUCAAGCAGUCCAGUGCCAGGGAUCUGAGUGCUGGUGUGUUGACUCCCAGGGCCUAGAGAUUGCAGGCUCUCGUUCCACAGGCUACAGACCGAGAUGCCCAUCCCAGUGUGAGAAGGAGCGCAUGAUGGCCAUAGCAGUCAAAGCCAGCAGCUCAGCAGGUUCUGAGGUGUUUAUCCCUAAGUGUAAGGAAGAUGGAGAGUAUGUGCCAUUGCAGUGCCUUGGAAAGAGUUGCUUCUGCAUGGACCGCACUGGAGCCAAACACAACACAUUGGUUUCUGGAAGCACCCCACAGUGUCCGACAGAUUGCCAGAUUACUGCAAGCCGGUAUUUCCUGAACACAGUCAGUUCCGUACUGGCCAACCUCUCUUCCAUAUCACAGCUUUCUAAUGUCUAUAUCCCUCGCUGUGCUUCGGAUGGCAGCUGGCACCAGAUCCAAUGUGAUGGCCCUCCUGAACAAGCAUUUGAUUUCUACAGUGAGUGGAACCGAGUCAACAAUGCUGGACAACAGCUGCCUGUUUUGGAACUCCUUGGAAUUCUACAAGAAUAUGCAAAAAAUCCACAAGCAAUGGCAUCAUUCAAAGGCUUCCUUUCUGCAUUAUUCCAAGCUGAACACCAAAAGGUAUUCUCAGCUCUAUCCAAAUUUGGAGCAUUCUCAGAACUUCCGUCUGAAAUCUUAGAUGGGAAUGCUCAAGCUGUGUUCGGACCAUCUAUUUUUCUGAACCCUCUGUCUCUAUGGAGUCUAUUAAGAGGGGACAUUACCCAGUAUCCAGGCCCACUGUCAGACUUCAGUGCUCCUCUGGGUCACUUUAACCUUCGCCGUUGCUGGUGUGCUAACCAGAAAGGGGAAAUGAUAGAUGACAUCAAAGCUUCAGUCAACCAAGUCCCAAAAUGUCCAGGGCCAUGUUCUCUUGUGAAAGGUCAGGUUGAUAAGUUCCUGGCAGAAGCAGAGAGACUGAUAACUUUCUCAAACAGCUCUUAUAUACCUGUGGGUUACAGCUUUCUCCUGGCUGAAAGUGUGAAUCUGAGCCGUGAAGCGAUGCAGCAGACUUUCAGUUCUGGGUUUCAGCUUUCGGAGGACUUUAUGAGCAAUACCAACUCGGCCCUUCGCCUCGCAGCACAUUCUACCCUUCAUUUCUACUGGCAGAGCAGCCUAAUGACCAGUGAAAGAGACAGACAGAGUCUAGCUCUUGGCUACGAGCCCUAUAGUCCACAGUGUGAUGCCUAUGGCCAGUGGCUGCCCAGACAAUGUUAUCCAAGCACAGGUCACAGUUGGUGUGUAAAUGAAGAAGGAGGAUACAUCCCUGGAUCUCUGACUGCUCGUGCCAUUCAGCCCCCACAAUGCCAAACUACAUGCCAGAGAUUACAAGCUCAUUUCAUUUUGUCUGUUUGGACAAAGUCAACCUCUGACAUGUCUUUCUCCUAUAGCCCAUCAUGCGAGGAAGAUGGUGAGUUUUCGGUGCUCCAGAGGAAUGGUGCAGUCAGCUCUGUGGCGUCGUGUGUCAGUCCUGUUACUGGAAAGAUGAUCCAACCAGCCAUCCUGAGCCCUGCUGGAGACCUACAGUGUCCUGGUUGGUGUGCUCUUCAGCAGAAGCUGGCUGCUGAGAGAGAGGCUGGUGUUGGCUAUGAACCGGAGUGUGUAGAGGAGGGAAGACAGUUCUCGCCUCGACAGUGUGACGCAUCUUACUGUUGGUGUGUUUCUGAGAGCGGCCAGGAGCUCCCUGCUACACGCGUUGACCGAAGCUCAGGGAAAACACCAUCCUGUGACUCCCCUCAGUGUCCUCUCCCCUUUGGCAACUCCAUUUCCCAUGGUGCCAUUGUCUGUGACAGUGAAACUGUGGCAGGUGAACAGAGGCAGCGCUGCAGGGUUUUCUGUCAGCAGGGUUACAUUACUGCCUUUCCUGUGGACAGCUUCUUCUGUGACACUGUGACCAAAACCUGGCUGAGUGAUGCUCCUCUCUCCUAUACCUGUCAAAGAGCCCAGCCGCUGCAGACAGUGCAGGUGACUUCAGUGCUGCAGCUGUCUGUGGCGGAGGGUCAGCAGGACUGCAGUGGUCAACGUUCUGCGCUGCAGGCCUCUCUGCUGCAUGACAUGAGGGCAGCAGGACUCUGCAGCUUACAGCUGUCUUCAGGUCAGUACGGCUUUCUGUCAGUGUGCGAUGAGUCGUCGGUCUCUCUGGAGUGUGUGAGCGAGCAAAGCCUGACUGCAACCAUCACACUUAAAGCCCGUCUCUAUGACCUGCCAGUCAAUGUCCUGCCUGAUCUCCAUGACAUUGACACUGUGCUCAGCAGUGAGAAGAUUCUGGAUGGUUUGAUGGAAAUGGUCAGAAGUGGAUCAUACCGGUCAGUCUUUGUGUCAGAGCGUGCUGUGGGCUUCUCCUCACCGGCCUAUUUCAGCUGCUCCGUGGGCUAUCAGCAGCUUCCAGACUCCACUGGGUGUGUGGUGUGUCCAGCUGGGUCAUUCUACAGUGGCGGUAGGUGUGAUGCAUGUCCUCAUGGUUCAUAUCAGGCUGAGACUGGCAAAGAGUUCUGCUCCCCCUGUCCUUCAGGAACCUCCACUGCAGCCCCGGGAGCCUUCAGCCCCUCUCACUGUGUUUCAGCAUGUCAGAAAAGUAAGCUCAGAUGCACAGAUAGAGGAGACUUUGUUUCAGCCCAGAGGCAUUUCCAGUCUGGCAAGUGGCUGUGCAUCACUUCACAGGGAGAGGAACUCUCCUGGACAUCUGCAGAUGAGCAGAUCAGUGCAGAGCAAUGCAAAGUAUUGGAGAAAUUUGAGGCUGUUCCAGUUUCAUCAUUGCUGUUGGAUUCUGUGGAUGCUGUGGUUUUACGCUCUGACUCCUCUUCACAGCCACUGGAGACUCAGCUCAGGGAGUGUGUGUUAGAUUGUGCCAAAGAUGACUCUUGCCAACAUGUUGCUGUUUACCAUGAGGGAGCACUAACCCUCUGUGACCUCUACAGCAUGAGCGCAGCUAACAUUGUGUGCAGAACCUCUCAGCAAAGAAAAGGAUUUCUGGGAAAUGAAGGAUCUGAAACCUUCCAGACUCUGAGCUGCUUGCUGAAAGUGAAAGUCGGGGACAAGCCCAAUCUCACAGUGCUCAGAAAGAAAGGUCAUGAAUUCAGCACAGCGGGCCAGAAGAGCUUUGAGCGGCUGAGUUUUCACAAGGCGAGUUCUGGAGUAUACCGGACUCUUGUGUUUGAGGCUCCUGGGGCAACUCUGGCUGAUGUACACCGCUUCUGUGUGGACUCCUGCAGUCAGGAGAGCUGCUGUGAUGGCUUCAUCCUCAACCAGAAUGUCCUCAAUGGAGGUUCUGUGAUGUGCGGUCUACUGAGUUUUCCUGCUGUGCUGCAGUGCAGUGAAGAUGACUGGGAUGUGAGUGCUGUGGCCUCCUCAAGCCGCAUCUGUGGAGCUGGACUCAAAUACAACAAGCAGCAGAAACGCUUUACUUUUGAGUUUGGUGGACAGAACUUCACCAUCACUGAUACAGCUUUGCCAACAUCAAGCAAAAAUAAAACUGAUUACCAGGCCACUAUCAUUGGCUUCCAGCGUGUCUACCUGUGGAAUGAGUCAGAUAUGAGUACUCGGCUGAGGGUUGAUGGAGCCUGUCAAGGAGCAGCUCUUCUGGAAGCUCCCAGACUGACCCUCUCUGAUUCAGUGAAAGAAACUUUUGAUGCUCUGGACAGUGGUGAUGUAAGGAUCGACUCAGAAAAGAAUACACCCAGACAACAGUACUGGGUCUUCAAACGCCAGUUCACUAAGGAAGAAGCCCAGCUCUGGUGCCUCAAACGUUGUGUGGAGGAGGAGCUGUGUCAUGUGGCUGACCUUCGAGAUGAAGGCUCUGUGUAUUUUGCAUGCGUACUGUAUCCAGACACACGUGUGUGUGGGGCCUACGAUAAGCCUCUGAGACAGGCCUGUAUUCUCGUGUUGCCCCAGGACACACACAGUGCCCACCGGAAGAAGGUUGAUUUAACAGGCAGCGUGGAGAGCUUCUAUAGCCGCGUGCCAUUUAAAAAGAUGGUGUCUUAUUCCGUCCGCAGCAGAGACAGUGUGUCCAGCAAGCCCAUUACUGAAGGGUUUUUUGAGUGUGAGAGGCGCUGUGAUGAGGACCCUUGCUGCAGGGGCAUUGGAUAUGUCCGAGAUACUGAAGCUGCUGAUAUGUUGUGUCUGACUCUGAAUAGUCUGGGCAUUCAGACGUGUGGGGAAGAUGACCGCACUGAGUGGAGAGUGCAGGACUGCUCCCCUUCAAAAGUGCAGACUGGACUCUACCCCUUUGGCUGGUAUGAGAAACCAGUGAAUCAGUGGACACAAAGUCCUGGUAUUUGUCCUUCCUUCAAGCUUCGCUCUCCCUCAAAAGCUGUUAAUUUGAAUGACUGGAAGCUGGUAAAUGCAUCAUCUGUCCUUGUGGACCCGUCUGUCUCCACGUUUGACAUAGUUCAUAUCAGCAGAGACAUUGCAGAGGAGCUGGAUGGAGUGCGUGAUUGGUGCCUGGCUGCCUGUGAGGAGAAUGAUUCGUGUUCUGCUGUGUCAGUGGCCAGUAGAGAGUCUGCAGUUAGAUGUGUGAUGUAUCCAGACACUCAUAUCUGUCUGCCGUCGUCCAGCAGCCAGCACUGUGUCUUCCUCACUAAAGAACCUGCUGAAUAUGUGUACCUUAAAACAGUUUUGAAGCCAAAGCUGACCUCAGUCUCCAUCCCUGGCCAUGGAACGCUCCUUGGUGAAAACGGGGUGAAGCUGAUUGGUGCAGACAGCAAGAGUGUGACUUAUUUCCUGGGGGUGCCUUAUGCUCGUCCACCGAUUGGACAGCUUCGCUUCAGUGCCCCGCAACCAGCUGACUGGACAGGAUCCUGGAAUGCCACGUUUGCUCGACCCAGUUGUCUUCAACCUGGUGACACCACUGACUCACGUUCCAGUGAAGACUGUCUCUACUUGAAUAUAUUUGUACCAGGCAGUGUGAGUCAGGGUGCACCAGUUCUCAUGUUUUUCCAUAACUCUGGCUCCGGCCUGCUGGAUGGCUCUUACCUUGCUGCUGUAGGAGACAUCAUUGUGGUGACAGCCAACUUCAGGGUUGCUGCUUUUGGGUUCCUUAGCACAGGUUCCAGCGCUCUUCCGGAGAACUAUGGGCUGCAGGACCAGGCAGCAGCACUUGGGUGGGUACAGGAGAACAUUGCUCUUUUCGGAGGAGAUCCCACCAGGGUGACUGUGGGAGCAGACAGAAACGGUGCUGACAUUGCCAGUCUUCAUCUCUUCUCAUCCUCAUCUCUCUUCCACCAGGCUCUGCUCAUGGGUGGUUCAGCGUUCUCUCCAGCAGUGGUAAUGAGUAAGCAGAAGGCCCAGGAGCAGGCUGUGUCUCUAGGCAGAGAGCUGGGCUGCUCAUCCUCUGAACCUGCACAGCUACUGACGUGUCUGAGAGAGCAACCAGCUCAGGGCAUCAACGGUGCACAGACCAAGUUAUUGGCAGUGAGUGGUCCUCUGCAGGCCUGGUCACCCGUGGUGGAUGGUGUGGUGGUGAGAGAGCAGCCUUUCACCGCUCUGAACUCCGGCCGCUUUCACCAAGUCCCGCUGCUGCUGGGAUCUUCAGCGGAGGACGGACUGAUCAGCAGAGCUAAAAACAUCAAGAACUUUGAGCAGCUCCAGGGAAGAGCAGACAGUAAAACAGCUUUCUAUGAGGCUCUGUCCAAUUCCCUUGGAGGAGAUGAUGCCAAUGUGUUUGUGAAGGAAGCAGCUACGUGGUUCUACUCUCUUCAGCACUCUCCAACUCCCUCUGGCUACAACGUCUUCUCCCGCGCUCUAGAGAAUGCAACAAGGGAUUUCUUCAUCACCUGCCCCUCUGUGGACAUGGCCAGCUUCUGGGCCGCCCACACUCGGUUCAGUGUUUACGUGUACCACCUGCCUGACUACAUGGCACACAGCAGUGCUGAACUGUCAGCUCCUCUGGAUAUGCAGUAUGUGUUUGGAGUGCCACAUUUUCCAGAAACACGAGAACUCUUCACCUCCACUGAGAGAACACUCUCUGUGCAGAUCAUGAGCUACAUGGCCAACUUCAUCAAGACUGGAACCCCUAAUCUGCCUCUCUCAGUGUCCACAACGUCCUUGGGUGAGGUUUUGCCUCCCUGGCCUCAAUUUCUGCCCCACCCAAGCGGGCAGAACUAUAAGGAGCUGUCCCCUAGCCUCAGCAACCGCAAGAGCCUGCAGUCGGCACAGUGCUCCUUCUGGUCCCAAUACGUGCCAGUCCUGAGCGCCUCCACUGGCAAACUCCUGCGUGAAAAUGCAGUGGGAGACACUGGAGCAUCUCAACUUCCAACAUCAGAGACAAAGCCAGUGCUUUUGUCUGAUUUCAGCUCUUCAGUGACUCAGAGCAAACCCAAAUCUGAGAAAGAUGCUUAUAAUUAA